AUACUUAGAGUUGGCAUCCCCAUUGGUUCUGUAUUCUCAACUUGCUUGUGUGGAAUUUGUGUAUCCGGUAGUGUCCAGGUCGUUGUGUGUUGGUUUGAUUGUCUAUCUGUUUGGAGUUGGACGGUGCCUUUAGCCAUGUCUGGACGCGGUAAAGGAGGUAAGGGCUUGGGGAAGGGUGGCGCCAAGCGUCAUAGGAAGGUGUUGCGAGACAACAUUCAGGGUAUCACUAAACCCGCCAUCCGGCGCCUGGCGCGAAGAGGAGGUGUGAAGCGUAUCAGUGGGCUUAUUUACGAAGAGACUCGUGGUGUGCUCAAAAUAUUUUUGGAGAACGUGAUCAGGGAUGCUGUGACGUACACCGAGCACGCGAGGCGCAAGACUGUGACGGCCAUGGAUGUGGUCUAUGCAUUGAAGCGACAGGGCAGGACUCUGUACGGGUUUGGAGGCUAGAUCCUGUGUGCGAGUUGGUUCUUUCAUACAAACUGGUGUUGUUGAACACCACAUCUUUUUUGAAUCCUUGUCAAGUCUAACUUCCAUGCCAUUUCUGUUUCUCGUAAGGGUGCGGGUUUGUUGUGUACUCUUGGCAGUUGCGCAAUAUGAAUGUGUCGUGCUGAUGAUAGAGAGACUUAAGAUAGUGUCGAUUACAGCUGGAUCUUGUGUUGCUUCGAAAUCCGACUCAUAACGUUCGAGAUACAGAUCAGCCCGUAUAGAGCUACCCUAGGUAAUUUACUUGACCUUGGUUAGUGCCCAGUACCUGAGUGACAAGCAGCCGUGCGAUUCCUCUGGUAUGCCUUCCAUGGUCGGUCGCGGGGAAUAGUAUCUAAUUGAACCGACCUUGAAUUCAGAGAUCACUCAGGGACGGGACGUUGGCCCUGGCCAGUCCAUAUGCCGUGUACUAUUUUUGAGCAUGAUUUGCUUUUGGUUUUCGACUUUUCAUAACCCCAUAGCUGAACCUGCCACGUAAAACAACUGCGAAAACGGAGGAUCUAACUUCAACAAAGAAUUGACACAAUACCAAUUCAGUUUCUGUAUCGA